CUUACACAUUUCGUAAAUUCGUGUUGUUCCAAAUAUGUUUAUCAACAAAAUAUGUUCAACGCAACGUUUAUCAGUGAUAUUUAUGAGUGAAAGUAAGUAUAUCUGAGUGUGCGGCGUCUUCAGAAGAGAUGGACCAGUCCGGGGGCUCUGCCUCGGAGGUGGAGGAGGUCCUUUCUCCAUCCGAGCUUCACCUAAUGCGUCUGGUAGUAUGCGGGUUGCGCGCGGCGGCGCGUGCGGCGAGCGCGUCGCGGCAAACGCGAGGGUCCCUGGAGGCGGCGGCGUGCCGCGUGAUCGCCAGGCAGGCGGGGAUGAAACAUGAGGAUGUUCAUGGCUUGUGGUACAAGUUUCGAGCGUCGUCACUGCGUAAACUGCGCGCACAUUUAGCGCGCGGCGACGUCGCAGCGGCUGGCGAGCGACUGUCUGCACUUGAGUGGGCCGUUGUAGAUCUGCUAAUGUUAUACGACACGCCGCUUCUUAGUGUGGCCAGCUUCCACCAGCGCGCGCAGCUGGCGGCGCUGGAGCGCACCUUCGCGCUGGUGCAGCGGUACCGGCUGGAGCCGGAGCGCGGCGGGGCGGCGGCGCCGGCGCGCUGGAGCCGAGCGGCCGACACCUACUGCAACAAGUGA